AUGUCUACAGAAUCAGAACAUCAUAUACCAGCGCUGCAUGUGCAUCGCCAUGACACUGCUUCUCAUGAAAAGAAGCGUCGGCGCCGUACACGGCCGCAUGAAGUCAACAUUCUCAUGUCGGCAUAUGUCCGAAAUGCCUUUCCCAGUGAGAAUAAGCGCUCGGAACUCGCCAGAAUGGUAGGAAUGUCGACUCGUGCUGUCUCAGUUUGGUUUCAGAACCGCCGCCAAGCUGAAAAGAAACGCUCACAGAGAUACCAGUCCUCAUCGGCACUCUCCGCGCCUACGCAUUCAGUGCCUUUCCUGGCACCUGUAUUCCCCCCACGCGAGCCGUUCACGCGCUCUCAGAGCACACCAAGCGUAUCGCUCAUGACAACAACCGCGGGGCGUGCUGCUCUGCGCGAAUGCCCCACCGCCAUGCAUCAGCCAGAACCGCCAAUGUCCUGCACACUGGAUAGCACGCGCGAUGGGCACGGUAUUAUUACAGGCGACGUUCACAAUGAUGAUCGUGCUAUCUGGCAACGCAUGGAAAGCUCGAGUGCACUGGGCAGCUGCAGCAGCGAGGCAAAUGACGAGCUUCAUACGGUGAACUCCACGGCUAACGUCGGCAUGGACGAGGACGAUGAUGAAGAGCGCACGCUUCGUCGACUUGCUCAGCGGCGCACGAAGCGACUUAUGGAGCGCAAGCGCACCCGAAGCCUGGACGAUAUGAAGCGACAUGAAUCCGAUGCACGCCUUGUUAUGCACGAAAACAUGAACAAACGCCGCUGUCACAGUUUUCAGCGCAAGCCGUCUUUGCGUUUGGAGAUGGCUGCGGAUGGAAACUUGCAUCAAAACAAAGAAAAUGUACCGCCCAACGCCUCGUCGGGCGUCAGAAUGCAGCGUGUGCACAGCAUGCCGAAUCGUCCCCUGCAGGAACUGACUUUGCACAACUCUGCGCCAUCGUUUGUUAACCUGCAUGUACAGCCACAACAGCCUCCUAGGCGUGCACCGCUGAUGAGUCGCCGCCCUUUGAAUCGCCGGGCCAUUUCUGCUACGUCACAUAUGCCAAACAAGCUCACUACGAACUGGACACGCACAUCCAGUGCACGCAGUUGUGAUAUGCUGCCUCUUGUGGGCAAAGAGACAAGCAGUACUGAAAAAGAGCCUGUCCAUGAUGACAGUGGAUUUUUUGACGACAAUGAGCAAGCUGAAUCAUGCUCACCACCUAACUUUGCCCAGCCGCAGCAUGUCCUAGUCAUGCUUAAGGACAAUGGUGAUACCGAUGGGCACGCAUGGACCGAGCAUGACCGCCAAGCAGCCGAGUUGCUACUUGGACUUGGUGGGGGAAAUAGCCAACGUGCCUGGCAUUCAUAA